AUGCGCCACCCGGUUACUGUUGUUGUCGGAAUUAACUCAUUAUUUUCAUUGAUUACCACCAUCAUUCAUCCUUUUUUCGGUACCACAACCACCCACCCACUACCACCCCUCAUUACCACCACCACUUGCCAUUACCACAAACUACCACCCGCUACCACCACCUACCCACCACUACUGCUAACUACCACCCGCUAUCACGACCCCCAACACCAUCUACCUAUCACCACCACCAAUAACUAUCAUCCGCUUCCACCACCAAUCAUCAUCAGCCACUACCACCACCUACCCACCACCACCUGCCACUACCACCAACUACCACCCACCGCCACCAUCCACCUAUUACCACCACCCGCCUUAACCAUCACUCAUCACCAUUACCCCACUCACCACCCAACAUCAUCACCACCACCUGCCACCACUAUCUCUACCACCAACAUCAUCCCCACUUACCACAUUCACCACCCACCGCCUACAACCACCACUACCACAAAACAUCACUACACGCCACUACCACCCAUCACUAGCACCCGCCAUCACCCAACCAUCAACACCACCACUAAGGACCCACCUACCACCCACCAUAACCACCAUCCUUACUAUUACCGACCACCCUACUUGUCACCCCCACCAUCUUUUACCACCAUCACCCACCACCUAUCACCAUCGACAACCACUACCCGCCACCACACAUAA